UACAUCUGAUACGUUUCGUCAAUCCCACUCAAUACUGCUAGCUUCUCAUUUGCUUUCAGCAAAAUGUAUAUUCUUUGCUUGUUAGAGUAACACAGGCAUCUUUGCCCAAUUCAAUUCAACCAAGCUUGUCUCUUCACUCAAUACUGAUCCCCCAUUUUCGAGUGAUUACUUCCAACAAAAAUCCCAAAAGGAACAUUGUCAUCAGUUGCCAUCUGCUACGACCAGGAAUGGACAGACGGCUCUUGCGAGCAGCCACAUCUGGUGAUUCUGUGUCAAUGAAGGCCAUGGCUUCACAGGAUCCAAGCAUUCUUCUCGGAACAACUCCAUCGGGGAACACCUGCCUCCACAUAUCCUCCAUCCAUGGCCACCAAGAAUUCUGCAAGGAUGUAAUAACACUAGAGGAGUCUCUCCUCUCAAAAUACAAUCUUGAACAGGAGACGCCGCUUGUCACCGCAGUUACACUUGGUCAUGUCUCCUUGGCUUCUUUUCUACUCAGACGCUGCUGCCAACUGGGAUUGAGGCCGGCAAUCUUGCAACAAGACAGGUACGGAUGCAAUGCACUGCAUCAUGCCAUUUGCAACGGCCACCAGGACCUUGCGCUGGAGUUGAUAGCAGCAGAGCCUGCCCUGUCACAAGGUGUCAACAAAUGCAAUGAGUCAUCCAUGUUUGUUGCGGCGAUGAGAGAUUUUACUAAUGUUGCAGAUAAACUGUUGGAAAAUGAAUUUUCUGCUCAUGUGGGACAAUUCGGCCGCAAUGCUCUACAUGCUGCUGUUAGAAAUGGUAAUUCAGAAAUUGCUAAAAGAAUGAUGGAGAAACAUCCUGGUUUGGCCAGAGAAGCUGGCAAGGAUACAAGUACUCCAAUGACACUAGCUAUGCUAUUUGGAAGUAUUCACAUGGUGCGAGUAAUUCUGGAACAUGAUUCUUCUUUAGGGUAUGAAACAAGCGGCCUGGGUGUUCCUCUCCUUGAAUCUGCCGCAUAUCGAGGUCAAGUUGAUGCUGCUAGAGAACUUCUCAAAUAUUGUCCUGAUGCUCCUUAUCGCCGAGCAGAUGGUUGGACAUGCCUCCAUUCAGCUGUAUGGUAUGAUCAAGCAGAGUUCGUUGAAUUUAUCGUGAAGAAACCCCAACUUCGAAAUGUCAUUAACAUGCAAGACAGCAAAGGAAAAACCGCUCUUCAUUAUGCAGUCCAGAAGUGCAAUCCUAAAAUAGUUGUUGCUUUACUGUCUCACAAAGAUAUAAAUGCAACAGUGAUUGACAACAAUGCUGGUACAGCAGCUUGGGAAUUGCUGGGGAUCAAGUCUCAUGCCAAGACUUUAAACUGGAAUGAAGUGAGGAUGCUUAUGCUAAAAGCGGAUCCUCGAGAUGCCGCGUCUAUUUAUAAUCUUCAUGAUGAAGCCAAGCAACAGGCGAUUAAUGCUUCAAGGAAUGAUGCAAAGUCACUAACACAAACAUAUACAAGCAACACUUCGUUAGUGGCAACCCUCAUUGCAACAAUUACCUUUGCCGCUGCAUUCACCCUGCCUGGAGGAUAUGGCAGUGGUGCUGGAAAUGAGGGACUUCCCAUCAUGUCCAAGAAGUUUCCAUUUCAGGCAUUCUUGAUCUCUGACAUCUUAGCAAUGUGCUCCUCGUUUGUUGUCGCCUUCAUAUGCAUCAUAGCAAGGUGGGAGGAUUAUGAGUUCUUGAUUUAUUACAGAUCAUUUACUAAGAAACUCAUGUGGUUUGCCUACGUGGCAACGACUACGGCUUUUUCAACGGGUUUAUACACAGUGCUGGCCCCGCGUCUCCACUGGUUGGCCAUUGCAACUUGCAUUGUGGUAGCUUUGUUGCCAAUUCUCACUAAGCUGCUAGGUGAAUGGCCUGUCUUGAAGCUCAGGUUUCGGUUAGGUAAAACCUACAAGUCUGAUCUUCUUGAGAUGGUCUAACCUCAUCGAUUUGUCUUACUGUCCUGCUUUCCGAUAGUAUUUUUCAGUUUACCUGUAUUGAACAUUGUUUGGAUGCCCGCAUGGUAGCGCAAUUCAUCAGAUGAAAUAUUGUACUCUUAA